AUGGACGUGGCGGUGUCCGGGUGGGAGGCCGCGAGGAUGUUCGCGGCGGGCGGUGUCGCUGGAGUGUGUGCCCGCACAGCGUCCGCUCCGCUCGACCGCAUCAAGCUUCUAUUCCAGGUUCAGGCGGUCGGAGGCGCUGGUUCAGGGCUCGGAAAAGGGUCGUACACGGGCAUCUGGCAGGCGGUGUCGAAGAUUUACGCGGAGGAAGGCCUGCUGGCGUUCUGGCGCGGCAACGCGACAAACGCAGUGCGCGUGUUUCCAUACUCCGCCGCGCAGAUGAUGUCCAACGACUACUACAAACGCAUGCUUGCCGCCGCGUCCUCCUCCGGCGCGGACGCCCGCGACUCCCGGGCCGGAACACCCCCCCCUGACAGUACCCCCCGCAACCCGUUGUCGGUUCCGCAGCGCCUCGUCGCGGGCGCGUUGGCCGGGAUGACCGCCACCGCCCUCACGCACCCCCUCGACACCCUGCGCCUGCGCAUGGCGCUCCCGGGGUCCCCAAAACUCGGCGUGGUGUCCUCCGCAGCGGGCAUCAUGGCCGCUGAGUCAUCCCUGGCAUUAUACCGCGGCCUCGUGCCGGCACUCAUCGGCAUCGCGCCGUUCGCGGCGCUGCAGUUCGCCAGCCACGACAUCCUGCGGCAGCUCGCGUACGGGCCCGCGGGCCCCGCUCCUGGGAACCGCAGCCUGCCGUUGGAUCUGUCGAUUGGUGCGGCGGCGGGGAGCGUGGCGGGGACGGUGUGCUACCCGCUGGACACGAUCCGCCGCAGAAUGCAGAUGAAGGACUGUUCGUACAGCGGGCAGGCGGACGCGUUCGUCACGAUUUGGCGGCAGGAGGGCCUGCGGGGGUUCUUUCGGGGGUGGGUGGCCAACACGCUCAAGGUGGUGCCGCAGACGGCGAUCCGCUUCGUCGCGUACGAGAAGCUCAAGCUGCUGUUCAGGGUGCGGAAACGGAAGACGGACACGUGA